AUCAAAUGCCCUCGACUACAACGUCUCUCGUCUGGUCCAUCUUCUAGCUUCAUCAACAACAACAACAACAACAACAGCAACAGCAACAACAACAAUAAAUCAUCCAACAUGUUCAACCACGAUCACGUCAACAAGACCAACCUCCACCCUGGUGGUGUCAAGCCCCAUGUCGAGCACACAGAACUAGAGGAGGAGCUCCAUCAAAAAGCUCACAUCGACUAUGACAGAGUCGCUAUUAUCGCCAACCCUUCAGUCGCCUCCCUCUACGAAGAUGCCCUCGUCUAUGAGACGGGCACUGCCAUCACAUCCAGCGGUGCUCUUACCGCUUACUCGGGCAAGAAGACUGGCCGUUCUCCCUCAGAUAAGCGUAUCGUCAAGGAGCCUUCAUCAGAAAACGACAUUUGGUGGGGACCUGUCAACAAGCCCAUGAGCCCAGAGGUCUGGAAGAUCAACCGCGAGCGUGCUGUCGACUACCUCAACACCAGGAAUCGCAUCUACGUCGUCGACGGUUAUGCCGGCUGGGAUGAGAAGUACCGCAUCCGCGUCCGUGUCGUCUGCGCCCGCGCCUACCAUGCUCUCUUCAUGCGCAACAUGCUCAUCCGCCCUCCCCGCGAGGAGCUCGAGCACUUCCACCCCGACUACACCAUCUACAACGCCGGCUCUUUCCCCGCCAACCGUUACACUGAGGGCAUGUCCUCCUCCACCUCCGUUGCCAUCAACUUUGCCGAGAAGGAGAUGGUCAUCCUCGGUACCGAGUACGCCGGUGAGAUGAAGAAGGGUAUCUUCACCGUCAUGUUCUACGAGGGCCCCGUCAAGCACAACAUCCUCACCCUCCACUCCUCCGCCAACGAAGGCAAGGAUGGCGACGUCACUCUCUUCUUCGGUCUUUCCGGAACGGGCAAGACCACCCUCUCGGCCGACCCCAACCGCCGCCUCAUUGGUGACGACGAGCACUGCUGGUCUGAUCGUGGUGUCUUCAAUAUCGAGGGUGGCUGCUACGCCAAGACCAUUGGUCUCUCCGCCGAGAAGGAGCCCGAUAUCUUCAACGCCAUCCGCUACGGUUCCGUCCUCGAGAACGUCGUCUUUAACCCCGAGACCCGCGAGGUCGACUACGACGACGCCACCCUCACCGAGAACACCCGCUGCGCCUACCCCAUCGAGUACAUCCCCAACGCCAAGAUCCCCUGCCUGUCGCCCAACCACCCCAAGAACAUCAUCCUCCUCACCUGCGACGCCCGCGGCGUGCUCCCUCCCAUCUCCAAGCUCGACUCGGCCCAGACCAUGUUCCACUUCAUCUCCGGCUACACCUCCAAGAUGGCCGGUACCGAGGACGGCAUUCUCGAGCCGCAGGCGACCUUCUCCUCGUGCUUCGCCCAGCCCUUCCUGGCCCUGCACCCCAUGCGCUACGCCAAGAUGCUCGCCGAGAAGAUCGAGAACCACAACGCCAACGCUUGGCUCCUCAACACCGGUUGGGUCGGUGCCGGCUUCGCCCAGGGCGGCAAGCGCUGCCCGCUCAAGUACACCCGCGCCAUCCUCGACGCCAUCCACUCUGGCGAGCUCGCCAACGUCGAGUACGAGAACUACGAGGUCUUCAACCUCCAGGUUCCCAAGAGCUGCCCCGGUGUUCCCUCGGAGCUUCUCAACCCCAAGACCGCCUGGACCGCUGGUGCCAACUCGUUCGACACCGAGGUCAAGAAGCUUGGUGGUCUCUUCCUCGAGAACUUCAAGAAGUACGAGAGCGAGGCUACUGAGGAUGUCAUCAAGGCUGGCCCUGUCGUUUAAAGCGGUGCCUGGCGCGAUGCUUUCCUUGCGAUGAACAAUUUCUCCAUCAGCAUUUUUCUAUUGUGGCUUUUUGUAUUUUGGGAUCCCCCCCUGGACUUGGAAUGAUGGAUGACUCUUGUGUGCUCAUCGGUCUUUGUGAGAGACACAAACGACACGAGAACAACAACAUAGAAAGUUCUUUGCAUAUGUCAUUUGGCGCUCGUUUUCUUCUUUGGCUUUUUUU